AUGUGGGAAGACUUUCAGGCAGAAGACAAACCUAGUUGCUCAUCACAGAGUCCAUACAGGAGAGAAACCAUAUAUAUAUGUGAUGAGUGUGGGAAGAGUUUCAGUGAAAAGUCAGAUUUAGUUAUUCAUCAAAGAGUCCACACAGGAGAGAAACCAUACAUAUGUGAUGAGUGUGGGAAGAGUUUCAGUCAUAAGAGAACUCUAGUUAUUCAUCAAAGAGUCCACACAGGAGAGAAACCAUACAUAUGUGGUGAGUGUGGGAAGAGUUUUGGUCAUAAGAGAAAUCUAGUUGCUCAUCACAGAGUCCAUACAGGAGAGAAACCAUACAUAUGUGAUGAGUGUGGGAAGAGUUUCAGUCAGAAGGCAAAUGUAGUUGCUCAUCACAGAAUCCACACAGGAGAGAAACCAUACAUAUGUGAUCAGUGUGGGAAGAGUUACAGUCAGAAGGCAAAUCUAGUUGCUCAUUACAGAGUCCACACAGGAGAGAAACCAUACAUAUGUGAUGAGUGUGGGAAGAGUUUCAGUCAUAAGAGAACUCUAGUUAUUCAUCAAAGUGUCCACACAGGAGAGAAACCAUACAUAUGUGAUGAGUGUGGGAAGAGUUUCAGUCAAAAGAGAGAUUUAGUUAUUCAUCAAAGAGUGCACACAGGAGAGAAACCAUACAUAUGUGAUGUGUGUGGGAAGAGUUUCAGUGAAAAGAGAGGUUUAGUUAUUCAUCAAAGAGUGCACACAGGAGAGAAACCAUACAUAUGUGAUGAGUGUGGGAAGAGUUUCAGUCAUAAGAGAAAUCUAGUUGCUCAUCACAGAGUCCAUACAGGAGAGAAACCAUACAUAUGUGAUGAGUGUGGGAAGAGUUUCAGUCAGAAGGCAAAUGUAGUUGCUCAUCACAGAAUCCACACAGGAGAGAAACCAUAAAUAUGUGAUGAGUGUGGGAAGAGUUUCAAUCAACACACACAUCUACUUACUCAUCACAGAAUCUGUAAAGGAGAUAAAUAA